CCGCAGUCGACUUUGAUACACAACUCACUGUGGUCAAACCCUACUCUCACCUCACCGUCCGUCUGUCUUGCUCAUCAAAUUCCAAAUCUCAUAUCGUUUUCCCCAAUCUGCAAGCAAGAAAAAAAAAAAAAAAGUAAACCCUACCCACCCCAAUCAACGCGUUUCUCAUCUCUGUUCCCACUUGUACUAUUAAUCAACAAUUCUCACACUCACGGAUCUCUGAUCCCCCCCAAUUAUAUGGCUUUUCAUCCAAUCCUCUUCCUAAACCUCUGGAUAUGGUCUGUUAGAUCAUCCGAUUGAUCAAUUCACAGGUGGGUUUUCUGUUUAAUUCAAGAAAAAUGGGUGGGGUGUGUACAGGGGGGACGAUGAAGCAGAGUACGGCAGCGGAGGAGUACGGUGGUGAUAGGGGUAGUUUGGGGUUUUCGGGGAAGUUGCGGUCUGUGAAGAGUUUUGGUAAUCAUCAGGAUCAGCAGAGUAAGAUUGAUCGUCGUCAUGAUCAUGAUGAUGGUGAGGGUAAUGAUGAUUUCAGUUCAUAUUCUUCUUACACACAGGAUGAUAAUUAUCAUAGGAAAACGACGUCGUAUGAUUCUGGUGAAUUGUUCUUCUCCUCCAUUUCAAGGGAGUUAAAACCCUCUACCCCUGCCAGGGUUAAGGCACCUCACGUAAGCACAUUUCUCGGUAAAGCAAGUAGUGUCGGUCUUGAAGUCCUGGACACCCUCGGAAGCAGCAUGACAAAUUUAAAUACCCAUACUGGAUUCGUAUCUAAUUCGGCUUUAAGGGGGAAUAAAGUAAAUAUUUUAGCAUUUGAAGUGGCGAAUACUAUCGUUAAGGGAUCUAACUUGAUGCAAUCUCUUUCGGGUGAAAGCAUUCAGUUUCUUAAAAAGGAGAUUUUGCAUUCAAAAGGUGUGCAACUUUUGGUUUCUACCGAUAUGAAGGAACUCUUAAGAAUUGCAGCUGCUGACAAGAGAGAGGAAUUUGAAAUAUUCUCUCGAGAAGUGGUGAGAUUUGGAGAUAUGUGUAAGGAUCCUCAAUGGCAUAAUUUGGAUCGUUUCUUUGCCAGAUUGGAUUCGGACCCUGUAACAAACAGCCAGCUAAGAGAAGAAGCUGAAGCUACAAUGCAAGAACUUGCUGAUUUGGCUCAGCAUACUUCAGAAUUAUACCAUGAAUACCAUGCUUUAGAUAGAUUUGAUCAAGAUUAUCGGCGUAAGCUCGAGGAAGUCGAAUCUUUGCAUCUUCCUCGUAAAGGAGAGAGUCUAAUGAUAUUACAAAGUGAGCUAAAACAUCAAAGGAAAGUCGUGAGGAACUUGAAAAAGAAAUCUCUUUGGUCCAAAGGUCUUGAAGAGGUUGUGGAGAAGCUUGUAGAUGUUGUCACGUUCAUCCACCAAGCAAUUGCAGAGGCUUUUGAGGAGAAUGCUUCAAUUUUAACAAAGAAUGACAUGGAGACUAACAAAAAACCCGAAAGAUUAGGCGUUGCUGGUCUUGCUUUACACUAUGCCAACUUAAUAACUCAAAUGGACAACAUCGCAUCUCGUCCUACAUCCUUACCUCCAAAUAUGAGGGACACAUUAUACAACGGUUUACCGGCCAGUGUCAAGGCAGGUUUACGGUCUCGCAUACAAGCUCUUGAUUCUAGUGAAGUGAUGGCAAUGCCUAAAAUUAAGGCGGAAAUGGAAAAGACUCUUCACUGGCUCGUUCCUGUAGCUACCGAUACCACCAAAGCACAUCAAGGUUUCGGGUGGGUCGGUGAGUGGGCAAACACCGGAAAUGAAUUCGGGAAGAAGACAGCAGGGAGCAACAACAUAAUCCGGCUGCAGACGUUAUAUCAUGCAGACAAACAAAAAAUUGAUCGAUACAUACUCGACUUAGUCAUCUUACUUCACCGAUUAAUAAGCCUCGUUAGAUAUAGAGACAAAGUACCGAAAUACACCCCGACUCGAUCACCAAUUUCAAUAGGGUCGUUGACCCUGCAUCCCGACGGUCAACGUCAACAGGACAAGAUCUCACUAGAGGACAAAAAUCUUUUGGAACAAGUGACGAAACGGAGAAGCGUAGUUCCUGGAGUCAGCAAAAGUCAAGAAUUCGUGAUCUCGUCGAAGAAAAAGAAACGAGUUUUUGCUUCGAGUAGAAGCAUGGGGAGUUCUCCUCCUAGAGAUUACAAGCAUGCAAAUGCUAAUAUGUUGGAUGUGUUAGAUGGGUUAGGUACAACUUUUUAAGUUGUUGGUACUACCAUUUUUUGUUAAUGAUAUAUAUAUAUAUUUGUUAUGAUAAAUUAAAAUGUAUGUGUAUAUAUAAAUCCGUUAUAUAAGAAGCGUGUAGUUGAUAUUAUUAUCAUUAUCAUUGUGUACUAGAUUAUAAAAAUAUAUUUCUAUUUAAAGAUAUUGACGA